GCUGACAAUGAUCUAGGGUAUAAAUGUAAUCGAUUUACAUUUGAUCAGCACAACUGGAUUAAAAGCAUCAGUUUUACGAGAUCCUUAAGAGCAAAAACAUCGGAAUCAAGAUGCGUCGCAUCAUAAUUUUGCUGGCAGUUGUGGCGCUAGUAACCCAAUCGCUGGCUGAAGAAGAAACAGAGAAAAAAGAAGAAAAGAAAGAAGAACAGACUGACGAAAAGAAGUACACUGAUCGAUUCGAUGACAUCAAUAUUGAAGAAAUUAUCGCAAACAGGAGACUGCUAGUCCCGUACCUCAAGUGUGUCCUGGACAAAGGACGGUGUACUCCUGAAGGAAAAGAGCUGAAAGCUCACGUGAAAGACGCUAUGCAGACCGCGUGCGAGAAAUGUACAGACAAACAGAAAACUGGUGCAAGAAAGGUGGUGAACCACAUCCGCGACAACGAGAAGGAGUACUGGGAAGAACUCAUCAACAAGUACGACCCUAAGGGCGAGUUCAAGACCAUCUACGAGCCCUUCCUGGCUGCUAAAGAAUAAGGGACAAUGAUAAAAAA